CUCCCCGGCACGGCGCACUCCCCGCCGGCCGCAGCCUGACACGCCGCGCGGCCCCCCCAGUCUCCCCGGCCGUCUCCCCCAGGCAUGGCCCAGGGCCUCGCCUCACUAUGGCAGCAGCACGGCACAGCACCCUCGACUUCAAGCUCGGCGCCAAAGCUGAUGGUGAGACCAUUCUGAAAGGCCUCCAGUCCAUUUUCCAGGAGCAGGGGAUGACGGAGUCAGUGCACACCUGGCAGGACCAUGGCUAUUUAGCGACGUACAUAAACAAAAAUGGCAGCUUUGCCAAUUUGAGAAUUUACCCGCAUGGAUUGGUGUUGCUGGAUCUUCAGAGCUACGACGGCGAUGCACAAGGCAAAGAAGUCGAUAGUCUUUUGAACAAAGUAGAAGAAAGAAUGAAAGAAUUGAGUCAGGACAGUACUGAGCGGGUAAAGCGAUUACCACCCAUAGUUCGAGGAGGGGCCAUUGACAGAUACUGGCCCACUGCUGAUGGUCGCCUGGUUGAGUACGACAUCGAUAAAGUGGUGUAUGAUGAAGACUCACCUUACCAGAACAUUAAAAUUUUACACUCAAAGCAAUUUGGGAAUAUUCUCAUCCUCAGUGGGGAUGUUAAUUUGGCAGAAAGUGAUUUGGCGUAUACCCGGGCCAUCAUGGGCAGUGGCAAAGAAGAUUACAGUGGCAAAGAUGUACUGAUUCUGGGAGGUGGAGAUGGGGGCAUAUUAUGUGAAAUAGUCAAACUGAAACCAAAGAUGGUGACUAUGGUAGAGAUUGACCAAAUGGUGAUUGACGGAUGUAAGAAAUACAUGCGAAAAACGUGUGGUGAUGUCUUAGACAAUCUUAAAGGAGACUGCUAUCAGGUUCUAAUAGAAGACUGUAUUCCAGUACUGAAGAGGUACGCCAAAGAAGGGAGAGAGUUUGAUUAUGUGAUUAAUGAUUUGACAGCUGUUCCAAUCUCCACAUCUCCAGAAGAAGAUUCCACAUGGGAGUUUCUCAGACUGAUUCUUGACCUCUCAAUGAAAGUAUUGAAACAGGAUGGGAAAUAUUUUACACAGGGGAACUGUGUCAAUUUGACAGAAGCCCUGUCACUCUACGAAGAACAGCUGGGGCGCCUGUAUUGUCCUGUGGAAUUCUCGAAGGAGAUCGUCUGUGUCCCUUCGUACUUGGAAUUGUGGGUAUUUUACACUGUUUGGAAGAAAGCUAAACCUUGAAAAUCAGUGUCCCCGAGUCAUGUGUGCUGCAAAUAGCCUUCCUGACCUUUCUAUGCUGUACAUGAAAUCGAAACAAGUCAGGCAAUUGAUUGUGAAUUCCUUCACGUUUCCUGUUUUUAAUUAUUUUUUUAAUUUAAAAAUCAAAUGGAAAAUGUAUAUUUUGAUGAACUAGGAUGAUUAGACAGCACAGUGAAGGCUGCUAAAUGCACUGAACCCCUAGAAUGUGAUUUUUGUUUUUGUUUCUGUUUUUCUGCGUGGGCUUUUGUUUUGUUUUGUUUUGUUUUCAUUUUGGUAGACUUUGAAUUUGAUUUGGUUGUUUGGAGGAGUGAACAUCAUUGUUUUCUUCUGGAGGGGAGUUCUUCAUGGAGUUUCUUUCCCACCCAAAUUGAUAUAGAUAUUAAAAUUUGGUGCUUAUGAGGAAAGACUUUAAAAAUGAAUAGCAACGCUUCAAUUAAAAUUACA